GUCGGGUUGAUGGCUCCGUAUAUAACGAACUACACAGCUGACAAUUCAUUGAUUAGAUAAAAGCUUCCCUCGCAAGGCACAGAUAACAAUAGGAGCAGAGACGCUACUCAAUCAAUUUGGCAGCACAUGCUAAGUUGCAGUAAAUCAGUCGUGAAUAACCCGAGUUCGCUGCAUCAUCUAAUAGUAGAAUAGCGCAAUGGCAGUUUAUCAGCAUGCAAGUGUUCGUAAAGCUGUUAAGAAAGAUCUAGGUGCCAUAGUUGAGAUGAUACAAGAACUAGCCGAUUUUGAAGGAAUGUCCGACGGCCCAAAACUAACUAUUCAAGACUUGCUGCGUGAUGGAGGAUUCGAUGAUGGAGUAUCGUCGAAUAGCGUUCCUAUAUUCCACAGUUUCGUACUCGAACUGACGGAACAAAUCCGAACCGAGGAUAAUAAAGGAAAAAUAACGUCAUGCUCAUCUAAUGACGAACCUUUGACCCGCACUACAUUAAUUGGGUACGCAAUCUGCUUCUACUCGUACUCCACAUGGCAGGGUAAAUCCUUUUUCCUAGAGGACAUUUACAUCAAACCAAACUAUCGCAAACGUGGUUACGGAGAGCUUCUAUUCAAAACGGUGGCUCAACAUGCGCUGGAAAAUGGCUGUAAGCGGUUAGAUUUCCAUGUGCUGGCAUGGAAUCCAGCUAAAUACUUUUACAAUCGUAUGGGAGCCGAAAAUUUAACAGAAAGUGAACAAUGGGAAUUUUACCGUCUGCCAGUGGAAAAAAUGGAUGCACUUACCAAAAACGAUUUCUAGCGGUAGUAAACCACUGAACAGUUGAGAAUAGAGAAAAAUUUUACUCCUAGUAAUUAGAACGCGCUAUACAUUAUAACUUAACAAGUAUCCAAAUAAAGAACAAGUAUGCUGACACCGCAUAAGGAAUUGUGGGUAAAAUGCUACCAGAUAAGUGAUUCGAAAAAGUUCAAUAAACUGAUAACAACAAA